AGUGAAAAGCUAUUAAUAUAAUCCAAUAUUUAUUUCAUAAAUUUCUUAUAGUUGCAUACAUUUUUUUUGCAUUUAUUCGUCUUGUGUUAGUGUAUAAUUCUUUCAGCUGUGAAUUUUAUAGCAGAAAUAUAAAGUGAGAUUCUUGAAAUCGACAAAGGGAUUUUAUCUUUUAUCUUUCUAUUUUUGUGUUGUAUGUUAGUAAUCUAAAAUGGAUUGCGUGACAACAUUAAAACUUUUAGUAAUUGGAGAAAGUGGAGUUGGUAAAUCAAGUAUCAUCUUAGCAUUCACAACGGGAGAUUAUAAUGCCUCAUUUCCUGCAACAAUAGGAGUGGACUACAAGUGUAAAGUAAUGGAUGUCAACGGACUCAAAGUUAAAUUGGGCAUUUGGGAUACAGCGGGACAAGAGAGAUACAGGACUUUGACUAAUAGUUUCUACAGAGAUGCACACGGUGCAAUAUUGGUGUAUGAUGUCUCGGAACCCAAAACAUUGGCCAAGCUAAAUGAGUGGGUUGAAGAGUUACAAGUGUACUCAACAAAGAAAAAUAUUGUCUGUCUUGUGGUUGGCAAUAAAAUUGAUAAGCCCCGUGCAGUUCCGAGAGAGGCCGGCCAGGCGUUCGCAAUGAAACACAGAAUGCUGUUCAUAGAAAGCAGCGCUAAAACUCAGGAAGGCAUAAACUUGGCUUUUGAAGAGCUCGUACAAAAGAUAAUCGAAACCCCAGGUCUUUGGGAGUCGAAGGGAUCAUCGUCAAAUAUUCGCGUAUCUAACGAAGAUGGACGACAGCAAGAUGAAAGUUCGUGUUAUGACUACACUUGUACUAUAUAGUUGUAUAUUUGUUUAAAUUUUUUAACCAUUGGCUGUAUAUUUAAGAAUCUUUAUCAAUAAUGAAAAUACCAGUAAAAAUGUUGUUUUCUUCUUGACUUCGAUAAUUUUAAGGUUAUGGUACAUAAUGUGAGAUGCAGUUUUUAUAUUUUGACCAUUUUAUGGCCCUAUUAACCUCUCACAAGAGGCAAAAAAGUUUUGAUUAUUUUUGUGAGUUUCUAGAGCCAAAACAUAUGUAUAUUUGUGUUUUUGUUCAAAGUGAAUGGUGGGUUAGCAAAAUAUGUUUUUGAUAUACCUGUUUAGACAGAGGAAAUCUAAUGCAAUACUAAUCAGUUAUAAAUAUUAAUUUAUAGUAAACUAUAGUAACAUAUAUUUAAAGCAAUAUUUUAAA